UCAGCGUGAGAGCCACGCAGCGAUUCGCCGACGCCCCCGCUAAAAAGAAAGGAAGAAGAGAGAGAGAGAGAGGGAGAGCGGACGAGAAGAAGAGACGAGUGUGCGAGAAAGAGAGGGCGCGAGCGGUGGAGAGGAGCCAACAAUUAGACGCCUUUAGAACGCUCCAUAAUGCUAAUGGCGUUGACAGUGCUCAUCAUCAUCGCAGCGCGGCCACCGCAAUCGUUUCGUUACCGGGCGCCCGACAACCGUUAGCCGGUUAACGUUUAACUGUUAACUCUUGACUCUCAAGCUAACGAUACCGCCACACUCAAUCGUCAAUCGUCAAUCGCCGCCGCCGCCGUUGACAAUCGUCCAGCGAAGCGGUACGGUCACGCUCCAAUCGCCGCGUUGCCGCCGCCGCUCCAGUUUAUCAAUGUCAUGCCGACGGAUGCCAACCGCUGGAGCAUCGCCGAUACAACGGUUAAAGCUAUAUGGCCAUAUAGCUAUCUGAUCUGAAAAGAAAAACAGUGCGUAGCCUUCGUCAUUAGAUAGUUUGAGUUGGAUAAGUUGGCCCGUGUUUUAUUUAUUAUUUAAAUCGAACUUAAUCCCUACCAAAUGGUCACCUGCGGCCGCCAAACGUUCAACAUGCUGCCCAUGGCGCCGACGAGUCCUUUUGUGAGCAGCAGCUCCUCGAUGGCCGGAUCCUCCACUACCGUUUCCGUCUCCGCCAGCACAGUUGCCUCUGCCGCUGGCAGUAAACCAAAACUGGCCUUCAGUAUCGAUUCGAUUGUGGGCGAAUCCUCGACGAGAUCGGCUCCUUUGAGGGUCAGUGUGAUAUCCUCGCCGCCACCACCGCCGCGCAGCGCAAGUCCCGCAUCGCCGACGAACACCAAUAACAGUGGCCGGCGGACGCCCAGAGGAUAUAUCUACUGCAGGAGGAGGGAUUCCCUGGAUCGAUCUCGAAGUCCGCAAAGAUCACCGGUUAGCCGAACGCCAACACCUCCGAAUGCAGGUGGAAUUCCCCCAACGACGGGGAACACUCCAAAAUCAGGAGAUCUAUCAUCUGUGGGAACGGGAAAUGCCCCAACCCUUAUCCGUCCGAUGCCAUUGCCGGCGCCAAAUCUAGCUUUAAUCCAGAACCGCACCUCACCGAACUCCAUGGCGGUACGCAUGGCAGGUCCACCACACCCGCCGCCGCCUCCGUUCCUGGCUGCCCAGUUCCAAAUGGCUGCUGCACUGGCUCAUCAUCACCAGCAACAACAGCAGCAACAACAGCAACAGCAGCAGCAACUUCCGCCCGUGCCAACUGGACCGCCACAUGGUCCGCAUCCACAUCUGCCGCCUGGUCAAAUUCCAAUGGGAAUCUUUCCGGGUGGACCGCAUCCGGUACAUCCACCGCCCCAUGGACAUCAUCCGUUUGGAAGUGCUCCUCAUCUGAUACGCGAUAGCUAUCCGCUGUAUCCUUGGCUGCUCAGCCGACAUGGGCGCAUCUUUCCACGAUUUCCAGGCAAUUUCCUGUUCCAGCCAUUCCGCAAGCCGAAACGCGUUCGCACCGCCUUCUCGCCGACGCAGUUGCUCAAACUGGAGCACGCCUUCGAGGGGAAUCACUAUGUUGUGGGGGCGGAACGAAAGCAGUUGGCCCAGGGCCUCAGCCUGACCGAAACCCAGGUCAAAGUCUGGUUCCAGAACCGUCGCACCAAGCACAAGCGGAUGCAGCAGGAAGGCGGCGACGGGAGUGACACCAAGAGCAACAAGGGCAGCUCCUCUGGCGGCGGAGGCGGUGGCGAUGGCGAGGAUGAUGCCAAGCACGAUGGAUCGCAGCAUAGCUAUGAAGAUGCAGAGGAUCCAGAGGAUGACGAUGAGAUUGAGGAAGAUGACGAGGACGAGGUGAUCGAUAUGGAUGACUAUGGCAGUGAAAUGGAUGCUGAGGAGCACCAGCGACUGCGGGAGCAGUUCCAGCAGCAGCUGGCCCAGCAUCAGCAGCAGUUCCUUCAGCAGAAUCCCGGUGAAGCGGCCACACUAAGUCCGCAGCAGCAGCACCAGUUGCUGCAGCAGCAUCAGCAACAUCUGCAGCAGCAACAUCAGCAGCAGCAGCAACACUUCAUCCAGCAGCAGCAGCAGCUCUAUUUGCGGGAAAGGGAGAGGGAGAGAGAGCGGGAAAAGUCCCGGGAGAGGGAAAGGGAGCGGGAAAAGUAGUAACUAAUCGCUGCUAGCCAGCUAACUCCGCUAUUUUGUGUUCCUUGAAUUUCUUUGUAAAUUAUUUGUCAACUGUAUAGCUUAAUUUAAAUUGUUUACUACUUAAAAAAUAAAUAACAAAGCCAAUAAAUAAAGU